AUGCCGGCAAAAUCCACCCAAAGCAGAAAGGUGGUGCUUGUCAGAGAAAAUCCUGACGGCAGCGGCCCCUCCCAAAGCCUGGAAGAGAAACAGCUUGCAGUCGCGGCUAUCAACAGAGUCCGCAAGGCACUGACGAAACUUUUUCGUGGCGUGGCCGCAAUAGAUCGGAUCUUGGGUUACCUGAGCAUGGACGCUAACAUUGCGACGAUCGAAGCCGACGACGGAAAUGCCCCGGACAUCUGGGGAAGUCAUCGCCAAGAGUUCAAAGAAACACUCUUGGAUGUUUACGACGCCACUGACAAGGUAUCUGAGAUGGUCAAACGCACCGAAACCCACGUCAACACCGAACAGUAUACAAUGCUGGUAUUGAGUACUCGUCAUCUUCGCGAGAGUGUGUACAUGUUACUGCCUCAGGAGCUACACGAUUCUCUCGUCGGCAAGGGGAAAGAACUCACUAGAGGGAAGUAG